AUAAAUGUUAUUCCCCCAAAUUAAGGGUGAAUUAGAAAUCAUUGCUGAUACGUGAAGCCGAUAAAGAUAGUGUGUGGAUCCGCAGCUUGCCUGUUCAAACUAAUCAAAAUGGCAACGCCGCCGGGAGUAAACUUCGAGGGGAAUCCUCCGGCAGCGCCGCAGCCUCCUGGGACUGACAUGACGGGAAUGUGCUUUAGAGAUCAACUAUGGCUGAACACCUACCCUCUCGAUCGAAACCUGAUAUUCGAUUACUUCGCGUUGUCCCCUUUCUAUGAUUGGACUUGCAAUAACGAACAGCUUCGAUUGCAGUCCAUUCACCCCCUCGAUCUCUCCCAGCUCACGAAAAUGACGGGCACGGAAUACAUGCUGAGCGAAGUGAUGGAGCCAAAUCUAUUUGUUUUUCGUAAGCAGAAGAGGGACAGUCCUGAAAAGGUCACUCCAAUGCUGACUUAUUAUAUCUUGGAUGGAUCAAUUUACCAAGCACCACAACUUUGCAAUGUCUUUGCAGCCCGAAUUGGACGGGCUCUAUAUUAUAUAUCAAAGGCCUUUACUACUGCUGCCUCUAAGCUGGAAAAGAUUGGAUAUGUUGAUGAAGGUGAGGGUGUGCCUUGUGAGCCAAAAACCAAUAAAGACUUGAUUGACUUCAAGGAAGUUAAGCGAAUUGAUCAUAUUCUUGCCUCCUUGCAGCGGAAGUUACCACCAGCUCCUCCACCGACACCAUUUCCCGAUGGCUAUGCUCCCCCUGCAACAACAGAAGCAGAGAAAAGUGCUGAAACCCAACAAGGAGCAGAGUCACAACCUCCUGUUGAUCCAAUCAUUGACCAAGGUCCUGCCAAAAGAAUGAAAUUCUGAAUAAGGAGUUGUUUUUCUUAUUAGAAAGCAUUAAUAUCCAUCCACGAAAAGAUGGUUAACUAAUUUCAGGCCUCUUGUAACUGGUGGAGGAUCCAAAAAUGUUUGUUAAUCAUGUAAAUAUGACGAGUUUUCUACA